CUGACGAAAGAAAAGGAUAUAUUUUGAUACAGAGAGGAAAAAAAAGGGAUACAAGACUCUCAAGAAUUUCAAUAUCCAACAAGAUUUGAUAAUCGAGAAGACGAAAAGGAGAUUACCAGUUUUACUGUUGAUUUGGAGCUGAACUUUUGCUGAUGAACGCUGAUUAUUAUCAGCCAUUUGUUAAACGUACGCGAUUCACUACCCUUCAUUCAAUGGAAUCCGAAUCCGCCAAGGCGAAAUUUGCUGCUGCUAAAGAGAAAUUUGGCCGAGAAAUCCGUGUGUUUGAAACAAUAACUUCUUCAUCAACUAGCAGUGAUAGUCUGAACAAUGAUGAGACAGAUGAUUUUUAUGAGUUCACUGCUGAGGAUUACUACAAACUCAUGGCGACAAAAAAAGAAGAUAAAUAUUUGAAAACACGCAAAAUCCGGGAAGCUGAGGUGGCUGCUCGCAGAUCAAGGAUAACGAAGACUGUGAUAAGAGUUCGUUUUCCUGAUAACUACACACUUGAAGCUGUAUUUCAUCCGUCAGAAACAAUUCAAAGCCUUGUUGAUUUUCUUAAAAAAGUGAUCAGUCAUCCUGAAGCGCCAUUUUACUUAUACACUACCCCUCCAAAGAAGCCGUUGAAAGACACUUCACAGGAUUUUCACACAGCUGGGUUUGUGCCCGGUGCAAUUGUGUAUUAUGCAUAUGAUUCAAAUCAAGGUUAGUAUUUCGAAUUUUAUGUUGGUCAUUGUUCAAUCUGUUUACUUUCAUGACAAGGAGAAAUGGAGAAAGGGAGGGGGUAAUAUGGAUCAUCAAGAUUGGGAACUAGAAUAGUUGAUCAAGAAUGAAUGCUGUUUAAUCUGGGAAUAUUUUGAUCGUAUGCAUCCUGCCCUGACAUUGAAUGUUGCUUAUGUGCACUGCCGUAAAUUCUAACUAUCGGGUGUAAAAGAAUGCGUUGAUAAAAACUGGCAAGAGCCUUCUAACCAUUUUAAACAGAUACGCUAGAUAUUAUGAGUUUAUCAUAUAUAGGAAAUGGUAGGAAGGUGAACUUUUGGGGGGUGGUUUAAUCUCUCUAGUGGGAAAUAACUAUUAAGAACUGCUAGGUUGAUGGUAUUUGGCAUUGGCCUUUUGGAUACAGUCUCUACUAUUGUAUACUUGUGUUUCAACUUUCAAGUAUGAUCAUAUUUGUUGUAAUCAAAGGGAUAAUUUCCAAAAUGACUUUGUUGCGGUUUCAUAUUCAGGUGGCGCUGCUAGUCCUUCAUCAGGUCCAUACCUAUUAGAUGAGGUCAUGUCUUUGCAGGGCUUGGUAGAUGAGGAUGAGAAAGCAGAGGCUACCCAGCCUCAUCCGGUGCCGGAACCUGCUGUACCCAGAAGCGCGAGUGCAGGUGCUCCAGAGCGCAAACCUGCUGAAAAGAAGGCUGUUAAGCCGAAGUGGUUGAAACUGUGAUAAAAUUGUAAUAAUAUAAAGUUUGGGUUGUAGAGGAUGCAAGGUCGGAUAAAAUGCUACAAAGUGGUGACUCAUGUAAUGAUGUGGACUCUUUGGAUGUGUGGAACCUUGUUUGGUUUUAUUUUAUGACACAGAAUUCAAACUGUGUGUUUGUGUGCGUGUGGGGGACUUGUCUGUGGUCUGCGGGUGAGACAAAAUUAAUAUUAAUGGCUGCCUUAUAAAAUGAUAUAUACUCUCUCUGUACAAAAGUAAUUGUUCAAUUUAAAUUUUUAUUUUAGUAUAAAUUAAAUUAAAAAUAAAAAUACGAACUGGACAAUCCUU